AGAUGCUCUCUGAUCUGUCACCCCCACCACACGCAGCUACACCUUCGCAGGCUUAGGCAGUGCGCAGGAAGCCGUGGUCAUGAAAGGUCAAGCGUGGGCGUGCGUGGCGGCGGUGGUGUGGGUGGUGGCGUGUGGGGGAGCGGAUGGCGCCGUGCAGGGACGAUCUUCCGACCCCAACACCAUCGUACCCCACCAUGACCCUGUGAUGAUGGACAUGCCUAACAUCCCCUUCGGCGAACCCCCCGGCGUGGACACAGACACACUCGGCGAACCUCUCAACCCAGAUGACUUCGCGCAGACAAACAUAAUGAUCGCCCACGACCCCGCUGAAGAAGACCCCAACGCCGAGGACCCGAUUUUACUGGCGGCUCGCUUCCAAGGAGACAUCAUCGUGCAGAGCCCCGAACAGCUGAGGGACAUUAUGAGCUCGGGGCCAAAGGCCCGCAACAUCGUCAAAGAGGCGUCAAAGCUGUGGCCUGACGGAAUCGUGCCAUACGUCCUGUCUUCGUCUUACACUGCCGAGGAGAGGAAAGUGAUCGCCAAGGCCAUGGACAACUUACAGACGGCCACGUGCAUCCGUUUCAGGCCCCGAAAAGCAGAGGCCAACUUUAUCCAUCUGUUUAAGAGCAUGGGGUGUUCAAGUUCGGUGGGCAUGCAGCAGGGGGAGCAGGCCGUGACGCUGGGCCCCCGCUGCAUCUACGUCGGGGUGGUGAUGCACGAGCUGAUGCACGCGCUGGGCUUGUGGCACGAACACUCCCGCUACGACAGGGACAGCAAGAUCCGCAUCCUGACCAACAACAUCAAAGCCGGCAUGGAGUACAACUUCGAUAAAUUAGGUCCCGAGAAGAUACAGACCAUGGGACUGCCAUACGACACGUCCUCUCUCAUGCAGUACGGGAAAAACGCCUUCGCCAAGGAGAAUGGACUAAACACCAUUGAGCCCAUCCAGGCGGGGGUGGAAAUUGGCCAGCGCCGGGCACUUUCAACUAUUGACAAACAAAAACUGAACAAGAUGUACAACUGUAGGGGGUCAGGAGCACAGGGCGGCACAGCUACAGUCACCGCCCCAGGUCCAGGCCCGACUACAUGUACGGACCAUGACACCAACUGCAAGGCGUGGGCGCAGAGCGGGGAGUGUGAAAAGAACCCGGUGUACAUGCACAGCAGCUGCUGCACCUCCUGCAACAAGCCCAUGGUGUGUAAGGACAACAAUAACAGCUGCGGCCCCUGGGCUUCCAAAGGGGAGUGUACCAAGAACCCGGACUACAUGACGAGCCACUGCUCCCAAUCCUGCGGCCUGUGCGGCGGCUCUGGAGGAGGAAGCGGAGGCUGUGUGGACAACCACAAGGACUGUGCUGGUUGGGCGAGGACCCGGCAGUGCCAGUCCAAUCCUGCAUACAUGCUGCAGACCUGCAAGAAAUCCUGCAAUGUGUGUUGACCUACCACGAGAACAUGACCGAAGCUUUCCUUCCUGUGUGUCCUGAUCACCCAUUCUCGACAACCUCCUUUCCUUACUUGUUUCUCUCAGUACAUGAAAACCGUGACGCACAAACACUUGCUGUCGCUGCACCUCCACCUACAGGAUUAUUGUCCUUAUGCACCCAACACAAUGGACAGUCUUUCCAAGCGCCUGCUUGCCUGUCUCACACACCAUCACGUUGGCUUCUUCUUUCCAUACCGUCUGGCUGUUACUAAAACAAGUGUGUGCCCAACGAACACACCUUACUGUCUUCCAUUCACUAGUGUUUCUGUCUCAUGAUUUGUGUUGACCUUCCUUGCCUGCAGGCAGGUAUGUCUGCCACACAUUUCCUUGUUUUUCAUACACCUCGCUUUUUAUACAAAACAGCUGUUUGUCUUUCCCACUUUUAUGUGUUUGCCUGUACGACAAACUCAUUUUUGCUUUUCACACAGAAUGAUUUGCCUUUUCCACUCACAAUCUGCACUCCAUACACGUCCUUCUGCCUGCCCCGACACGUGCGCACUUCCCUCCAGUAGGUGCAGCAGACCUAUUCAAAUCCAGGAAGCGUCUGGCUCACCCGCACAUUCUAAGAUUUCACCCUAUCAUGUGGGUUUCAAUUCUUGCACACCUGCACACGUUUUCUCCUAAAAGACCUCAACAAAACCUGGCAAAUUUCCUUACGUGUCAGUCACUCUGGGACUUACUGCACACGAGGCUUGUGUAGUGGAGAGAAAACAUGAUAAUGAAAGAAUCAGACCACUGCGGUCAUGCUUCUCUGAAUGGAAUUGAUAUAUAAUUGAUAUAUACAGAAAAUUACACUACGCUUGCUUAAUGCACUGGGAAAAUUAAUGUAUAAAAAAGUGACAAAAAAAUCUCUUCCCUUUAAUAAACGUAACGAGGAGUUAAGUAUCACAGUUGUGCAAUUUUUCAUAAAAAAACUAUACAUUAUAAAGAGUGUUAAUCAGUGUUGCUUUUAGUGAUCCUAAUAAAAAUCUGUGGUA